GUCGUGCUCGCUUUAGCAGUGUGGUUUUUCUUUCUCAGAAUUUGACAGACAACUCGUCUAGAUAUCAUGAGCUUUCGAAGCCCGUCGGAGGAAGAGACAUAUUUUUCCAAGCCUGCACAUCUGUUUCCACAUCUUGAAGAUGGUAAAAUCCCAACGGAACAAUUCUUGAGUGCCUGUCAAGGGAUCGCAGAUUUUGUAGGCUUCCUUGGCACUGCAUUCUCACCAGUGAAAGCAGAUAUUAGUGGCAAUGUGGUGAAAGUACGGACUCGCUUUGAAAAGGACAAGAUAGGACAGCGGUACCUGCAAGAUCUCAUAGACGCUGAUCUACGUGAACAUGGUGGCAGAAUGGGCAUGGGUACAGAGGGGUUGUUAUGGCUCAAAAGAGGGCUGGAAUUUAUGCUAGAAAUGCUGACGUUGAUGGUGGAAGAAUACAGAUCCUGUCCAGAUAAGAGCAAAACUGAAAACUUAACAAAUGUGAUAAACACCGCGUAUGAACGGGCACUCAAGCGGCAUCACGGCUUCAUGUCGAAGCAGCUCUUCAAGUUAGUCAUCCAUGCUGCCCCAUAUCGACGAAACAUUAUGAAAGCAGUUGCACUCGGGAAGGAUGGUCUUGAUGAUGUGUGCAUCGAUCAUAUCUCUAAUCAUUUGGACAAUUUCCGUACCAAUGUUGGAGUUUUAGUCGAUUACUAUAUUGCCAAGGGUCUUGACACUCCAGCUUGA